UGAAAAUCUCUGAAAAUCCUUUUGUUUUUCGGAAAAAUCUCGUACGCUAUUUGCAAGAGUGAAUUGCCCCUCGACCUUGCAAGUGUGAUCCGUAAAGUACCUUUUCUCUGGACUACCGAUUCCUCUACAUACAGGUAUGAAAAAGCUAUUUUGUACCCAAGGAACCAAUCGAAUGGCUCAAAAAUAUGCAAACAGGACAGAUGUCGGGUAAGCGAGGAGUGUCUCAAAAGUUGUGUAUUUGCUCUGGUCCGUCAUUUGAAGCCAAAAAAACUGCGGGAGAUUAGAAAAAAUUGUUAUUAAUUUUUGACAGGAUAUACUUUCAACGGGAGGAAGAAAUUGAACAAUCUGAUGCACUCUUUGGUAGCUGGGGAUCUGCACUUGCUGAUACAAGUAAGAUUUUAUUUCCUCAAACUCAAGGGUACAAAAUAGUUUUUGAAGAUGUUACACUCAUUUAAACAAUAAAUUUGCUUGGAAAUUAUUAUUUUACGAUUUUUCAUAUGGUUGGAAUCACAAAACUCUUGUGCAUCGAAUGAUAUAUGGUUUACUCCGAUUCUGCUAAUAUUUUGGCUUUUAGAGAGAGAAAACCAAAUGUUGUGUCAAUAACGUUUACCAUAACCUUAAAUAACCCACUCAGUUGAACCAACACAAGGAGCUUUUGAUCAAAAUCAUGUUGGCGCAAGAUGCUCUCCUACUGGGAAAUAAUCUUCGCUUUGAAUCAAUCUCUGAUGUUUUUCUACGGGAUUCAUUAAGUAAUCCUUCAACGAGGCGAUGUCACCUGGCUAUCGUUGUGUCUUAUCGAUAACCUUUUACUUUUUUCGCAAAAUGCUGAUAAUUUUAGUCUCUUAAAAGUAGGCUUUUGCUAGCCAGAACUCACAAAGAUGCUUAUCAUGAACUAAAUUCACCUGCGUUAUUGAAACUUCAAGUCGUUUUCGACAUUUUGACAAGAGUUGCAGGUAUACUGUAGCACGGCCUUCUGUUUGCGUGAUCAUCAAAGAGAUAAGAUGCUAAUGUAAACUUCAAAGUACUUCAUAUAAUUUAUUCUUCUUUGCCAUAUAGAGUUCCUUCUAUUGAAACAAGAAGAUGGUUGCCAAAUCUCCUUUGGCCAAAAAGAACGCAGUGAUAAAGACGGUUCUGUCAGAAGGUAAGACACGCUUUGUCAAAGCAACUUUUCUCCAUUUCACCACUUGUUACACUAAUGACUUGCUACUUAACCUGGGCUCUACACGUUGUAAUCUGCUUGAUUACUAUGUUGCCAACUUGCUUAGCUCGGCUCUCACAACAUGUUUUAUGUUUAUUGCAAAUUUUUGACAAUCAGGUACAUUUUCAAACAGCACGACAACUUAAAGACAGCUGAGUUUGUAACCUUACUAUAAGAGUUUGCGAACAGAUGGCAAUCAUAAGAAAAUCACAAGUGACGCUUAACCAUAGAUUUAUGUCAUAAAAAUGGUUCUGAGAUAAACAUUUUGAACUUUCUUCAUAGAUAGCCUAAUACACAGAUAUUCAAAUCAACUACAGAAAUAUUUGGUAUAAAUCAACUCAGUUUAGAUGUGUUUUCAAUACACUCGAAGGUGUUAUUACAAAUAAGUAGCUGUAAAUCAGAAAGGCAUAGUAGCUGAUCUAGGCAUAGACGUAGCGGGUGCUACUCGUUUAAGAGGCUUAGUUGGAUCAUGUCCGAACAUCAUUGCUUCAGAUAGAUCAUAAAUGGAGCUUGAAAUGUGACACAUUGUGCCAGUGGCACUACAGUAUCUCCAGUGCUGUUCAAGCCAUGGCCCAAGCCAUGACUCCAGUGCUGGCUGACGAUAAUAAAAUUGAAGUAACUACCAAAGUAAAACUAUCUGUUAAUCUACAAGAACUAAAAAAAAUCUAAUACGCAUGCGCUUUCAUUUCUGCUGGUAAUCACCUCAGAUCAUCGGGAUUAAAGAACGAUCAUAUUGCAAUUAACACUUAUACGGCUAUAUUUAAUUAGUUAUAUCUUUAAUUGUAUCAAAUUUUUAAUUUAUUUUCAAAUUUUAUUAUACAACAUUGGAUUGUGGUCGUCGUUAUGCAUUGUCACUGACUCUUACCUUGCAUCAUGUUAUUACUCAUUGCAAGAUUAGCAGAGUUCAGCGGACAUUUGUUUUUGUAUUUGUAUUUGUAUUUAUUGCUACCUAGCAUCCGAAGGUAGUUUUUAGGACACCGAGAAGCCUAUGCUUAUCGAGCAGUGUCCUGGUCCUUCCUCUCGAUGUGACCACACCUCGUGAUUCCUACGCCUGGAAUUACAGAGAGCUGGCGACUCUCCCCACUCUGGGUGAAAGUUUGGUCAUGCCAGAGACUCGAACCACGGACCCUUGGGUCUGUAGUCAGCCCCUCUAACAACUGAACCAUCCUUGCACAUAAGGACAGCCUAUCCUGCGUUUGUUCCUUCUUACAUAAAAGAGGAUAUGUAUGAUAAUGUCAGCGGAAUCAAAUGAAGCGCGCAUGAAAAACCAUAAAAAUUACGGUUGGGCAAGGGCCUUUAAAGUAGACGGUACCAACCGAAUAAAAUCUAGUUUUAACCUACAGCAAAGAUAUAUUUUCGAGGUCAGUCGAUGUUGACAAAAAGCAAAAUCUUCAAGUAAAGUCUACUUGGAAACGAUGAUAUUUAGCUCCAAGAAAGGAUGAGAUGUUUGCUAACUUCUUGUCUCAUUCUUGAAGCUAUGAACUAAUUAUAAUUAUUUUGUAAAACAUACCAUGUCCUAUUUGCAAAGAACAGUCAAAAGAAUAUGAUAAGUGUUUGUUUAGGAAAAAAUGUAAUAUUAUUCAAAUGUUAGCCCACGAAUGGAAAGUUAGCUUCAAAAUCGUUCCAAUUGAUUUGCUUAACAUUAUAUCACAUUAGAAAUUACACGCGUUUGACUGUUUCAUUCAAAAAUCAUCGAAAAUUUAUUUUUGUGGUUCGCAAACAAUGGAUUUUUCAAUUUUUGAGAGCAAAUAAAGCGUUAAGGAUGAUAACGAUGAAACACUCACGAUAGCUGAUGGACUGAGUUGCGACUUCCGACCAAAGUCUCACAUUCAAGUUUGAUAGCUCCGCGUUAGAAAGCUCAUAUUGAAUACUUGGGCACUGGGGCUGAUGAGAUUUUUGGUAGGUACUCAAUUUUCAAGUCUUUUAAGUUUGCAAAUUUAAAUUCUUUUAAAUAUGAUUGGUAAUCAGCUCACCGAUCAAUAUGUAGAUUGGCUUGUUACGACCAAACCAGACAAUAUAAAUUAAAAUUUUGUAGAGCUAUGAAUUCGCUUUAAUAUCGUCAGUAUUUUGUUUUAAAACUUUCAGAUCAUGUAAAAUUGUCUCUCACACUGGCACCAACAAUUAAUAAUUAUCUCUACAAAGCAACUUUUAAUGAACAAGGAGCAGAAGUCAAGAGGUUGACUGCCGGGUCAUUGUUCUAAGAAAGGGCCUUAUUCACAAAGGCAUCUUGAAUGUUAGUAAAAGAAAGAAAGAAUAAAAUGUUACAACUGCAUUCAUUGACUAAUGCAAUUAAAGUCAUGUAUAUUAUUUUUUUCCGCUUUUUUACAAGUUUUGAAAAGUCUAGGCCUCGUUCAGUGUAUUCAAUUCAAAAGUCAUGCUCCAGGUAAGUUAGACAUUAACUUAGUCAGAUCAUUUCUUUACCUCCUAUGUAGGUCCGCCUGAAUCGAAUUUGAUUGUGUAUUGAAUAGCUAGAAACGUUUAUGCCCCAAUUGAAGUAAAAUUCCUUAUGCAGACUCUGUUAUUUAAUGGCUGUGAUGAUUAGAAAACUUGUUAAUUGUCGCGGCAGACUGCUAGAUAUUUCCAAGAUGUCCCCAUUCUCUCGCAAGUAGGUUUUCUUGCUUCUGUGUCGUUACAACAUCCUUUUCCAAAACACACAAAUAAACCUGACUUCUUCACAAUAAUACAACAACUUACCAAAGCAAAAUUUUUAAAAUUGCAUAAUAAUUGUAUAAACAGUUGACAACCCAUCUAUCAAUUUGCUGAACAAAUUCAGAGCUCUUCAAAGGAGUAUGGUUGGAUUUGUUCGAAUCAUUUGAUUGCCUACGUUAUUGCUAGAUAAGCUAAGUUAUCAAAACUUUAUAUUGAUUCAUAUAUAUUUUACAUGAUGGCAUGAUCAUGAAAGCAAUUAUCAGCUCUAAUGAACUGCAAACUUUAUCAUUUUGUGUACGCCAAGAUUGAGUUCUUAGACCACUGCUAUUCAAUGAUAUCAAUUAUGAUUUGACCAAGCUAUAUUAACAAUUUUAAACCUAAGUUUGUGUGUGUAAUACUAGCAGAAAGCGUGUAAUAUUAGAGUAUUGGUGAAACAAUAACAAAUCGUGAUAGAAAUAUCAAAGCACUAGAUAGAAAUAUCAAAGUUUCCUGGUACCAGGUCUACGUUCAUAUGGUAGAUGUUUGCUUGCUUUCCCUUUCCCAAACGUUUUCGCUAUAAACAUUAUGACAAUAUAAACUCUCUUUAAUGCCUCAAGCAAAGAUAAAAUCCCCUUAAUAAAUGUUCCCUGCCAGUGAACGCCCUGUUAUAAAAAGAUGUACCCGAUAAUACCAAUCUUUCAAAAAGCAUCUUGACGAAGUAUAAAGCUUGGCCAUACUUACUCCUUGCUAAUACAAAUUCAUCAAAUUUUUCUUUCAUCAACAUUUCUACAUGUAAUAAUAAUGAGCGAAUAAAUGAAGAACCAAAAUAAAAUAAAUUUAGUUUUGAUUGUUGAAAACACGAUGUUUCGAACAUUUACUCGCUAUCAAGUGGCUUGAAAAGAAAUGAGCUGGGCAAAACAUUUGCACAUGUAGCCCUUUCAGUUAAAUUAAGAUAUGACGCAAUACAUAGGAACUCUUGGGGGCAUAGCUUGCGGGUUCAAUUUGAAAAUAUGACGUCACCAAGUGCAAGCGCAGUUUUUUAAAAGGCAAGCAAUAUGUAUCUUUGCAGCAACAUUUCUCAAUAGGUUGGUCAGCGAAAUGUACAAUUUACUUACAUUGAUCGUUAUUGUCCCUAUUUGAACAUUGGAUAAUCAUAACCACCAAUAAUCAGUAUAGGACUGAUAAUUAAUAUCUUAAAAAUCUAAAUAAACGAACCAGAAAAUUUUCAGUGCAUGAGAAGUCUCCUUAGCAAUGGUGUGUUAGCAAACUUGCCGUUUACUUCAUCAUAACUGAUACAUCGAGCUCAAAAUUUAUUAAACCUCUCUUGGCCCAUUGUUGAUUGCAGCCUGUUUUUACACACUAGAACUUUUAAGGUGCGGUCGCAUUUACUAAUACCUAGUGGCAAGCUUGCCAUUUCCUGUACAAAUGUAUAAAUCUGGAUAGGAAGACUGUAAUUUAAAUAACCACGAGUUUUAAUGUCUUCAGAAAACCUUUUCUGUUUACAUCUUCCUUCAUACACUGAUUAAGGUAUUUGAACUUUCUUGCUUUUUAUGAACUACAAAAAUUAUUUUGCCAAAAAGAUACGAAAUUACCGACAAAUUGCCGAAUGAUCAAUGAUAGGGGGGACUUAUGCCCCCUGCCCCCAGCGCCACGACGCCCCUGAAUACAUUUCAAUACGUUAUCUGUUUAAAAGUAUGUUACAACCAAAAAUAGGAAAAAUUGCGGUCCUGGUCUAUCAAGGGUUUGAUUCCCUAAAGCUCAAAAGUAAAAUCUGAGACAUCUUUUAAGCAGAACGAAAAAUAAACUCUCUGAUGUUUUUAGGUAAUUAUUCCAGUUUUGUUUGCCAGAGAAUUAGGAACUUUGUUUUGCAUAUUCUAGACUACCUUUUGCAAUAUGCAAAUCACUAUGGUUUCUACUGCUAAUCUAAGAAAUUUGGAAUAUUUUAGUGAAUUUGCGCAAAGUUUGUUGGUGCCAAUUUGGCACGGAGCCAUUGCCAAAAAUAUGCUUGUGGGUAAUAUCGCUAAUUGCAAGGAUUAAAGUAUUAUCAGCUUGAGAACGUUGAAGAACUAGCAGUUAGUCGUCUUAACAGCUUUCGUCAACUUAGAAAGCCCGAAGAUUUGCUUUGGCUUCAACGGUAGCGAUACGGGGUUUCCAUCGGAACAUCUGCCUGUUAUUUCAAACAGCGAUUUCUUUCCGGUGUCGAUUCACUUAGCAAAUCGCUUUUGUGCAGACUGUAGACUUGAGCUCUCAAAGACGUGUGAUGGAGAAGCACAACGCUAUUGCAUCGUUUGAGCGCUGCUCAUAAGAAAAAAUGUAAAUAAGAAGAUUUGUGGAACAAUAAAGAAGCAGUAUGAACCAAACCGUUCUUAAUCUGAUUCAAAAUUCUUCGACAACAACAGUUUUUCCUACAAUUUCACCCUCUGUUAUGGAGCACCUAUCUAUUUUUCAAGUUGUAUUGAUGAUUAUCAUAGCAACCAUUGGAUUCAUUGGCAACACGUUAGUCCUGCUCGUCAUUACUAAACGGAAACACCGUUGCAAAACCAGCUCUGUGCUCAUCUUAAACCUGGCUGUGUGUGACACUUUGGUUUCCGUGGUAUGCAUUCCCUUGGACCUGACUUGGCUGAUAAGCCGACGCUGGGUCUUUGGUGAUGCUCUCUGCAACGUUAUAUAUCCGUUUCAAACAAGUCUACCAAUAGUAUCAAGCUAUACACUCAUGUUCAUGCUUUUCGAACGCAACAUGAUCUUUUCAAACCGUAUCAGGUCGAAUUUACGAGCAACGACAGUAAAGAUUUUAGCAGGCAUUACUUGGGCACUUCCAUUUGCUAUGGUUGCACCCUACGCUUUCAAAUUGGGUAUAAAAGGCACUGGAAAUUCUGUUUCCUGUGAAGAGAAUUGGUCAAACGGUUUUUAUCGUCAGAUGUACACAGUCGCUUUAUCUGUUGUCGAAUAUUUGAUACCAAUUGUUCUCAUCAUAACAUUUGUUGUCAAAAUUAUUCGAUGUUUGCGUCGUGAGCGAAACCUUGUCAAACGAGGGAUGCUCGGACUCGGUCGGCGAACGAGUAAAAGGCGAAUAAGAACGCAAAGAAGACUCGCUAUCAUAUUUAUAGUGAUGGUGCUGACGUAUGCAUCCUUAAAACUGCCAAAUAAUGUGUUUUGGCAAUGGCUUGAGUUUGGUGGUGGAAGCAAGCAACCACAUGCUUCAGUGGUUCAUAUUUUUGUAGGACUUUGUGCCUAUUCGACCUGCGCCACAAACCCUUUUAUAUUGAUUCUGAUGUCAUCAGAAUUCCGAAAGGACAUUCGCGCCUUUUUUCUGGAUUGCAAGAAGAAACGAAGGAGAAAAGGGCACAACAACAACAUCUUGAACAGCGAUAGUGAAAAGACCGCUAUGGUGUCAAUGCUGCAAACAAGCAAUUCAUUUUCCACCAGAACGAGACUAGCCUCGCGUCGAAUCAACCGCACCCCAAGGGGCUCUACCUCAAGUGAGGAGUCGAAAAGGCCUGUGGAAAUGGCAAAAAAACUUUCAGUUGCUUUUAAAGAUCAACAAUAUAUAGACUUGCCAGCAAUUAAUUGUCAGCAAGGAAAUUCCCCUUCGAAGUCACCGUUAAAUUGUAGGAAAAGCCUGGCACAUUCCGAAGAAUGUUUAGCUGUCGAAAUGCAUGAUUUUAAUCUAGACAAAGUUGAGGAACCUUGUCAAUAAUCUCAAAUGCAGAUGAGUCUCUUGUGUAAUCUGUAACAGCGUGCCUGGCUAUUGAAACACUAAAUGCUCCUGUCUUUGAAGGAAAGAUGUGGGUCUAAUCAAAAAAUAUUUAACUACAGUAAAUUAAAUGCCAUAUGGUCGAGCUACUUUCCUUGUUUGUUAUAACUAUUGAGAUAUUUCUUAAAGCAGACAUAGAAUGCGGAAGUAAUGAAAUAAGGGGGCCGAGGCGCUUAUUGAUUCCUAAAAUUUAAUAAAAACAUACAUUGAAUCAUAUCGGUCUGGUUUAGGCAUCUUUUGACAACCCGCACGUCCACUUCACGCAAAAAUAUAAUCUAUCCGUGAUAUUGUCUGCGUUCAAAUUGUCACAAAUUUGAAGAAUACAAAAUUUGAGGAGUUAGAAUUUUGACUAUGUAUAAUGGCAAGCAGUCGAAAGGUUCGAUAGAAACAGGAAACAGGAAGCAGUAAAAGCUUUAUGCACCAAAGUAGGUAUCAUAUGGAUUUUAGUAAAAAACUUUGCUUGUAUGUUCCAAAAAUAACAACAAUCUCUACAAAACUAGAAACCAUUAAGAGUGACAAGGUUCCAAUUAUACUUCAACAGAGCCUCCUGUGACAGAUUUGACAUCAAUGAGUAUAUAUGAAGUUGGAAUAGUACGGGGCAUUUUGAUUUUCCAAAAAAUGGGUGGGAAAAAGGCCCAGACUGACCCCCCCUUUUGGCCUCUGUGUCCCUGCUUGUAUGUGGUACAAUAUGUUUGGUGAAUUUUCUGAAAACAGAAUCAAAGGAAAAGCUGAAUGGGUGUCCUGUUAGGAAUAACUCAACAGAAGAGUCUGUGUUGGUGUUUACACAACUAGUACUAUCACAGAAUUACCUAUCCAACAGUCCUUUUCCUACUAUUUUCAUGCCAAUUACAAUAAUAAGCUAUUAUUGCGAGUCACCUGAGUUUUCUGAAUAUGCUUAGGUGAUUCAAUGGAAAAUAACGAGACUUCUGAUGAUAAAUGGCUGUAUAGGAACUUUUCUCGAUAAUUCUUGGCAGUUUUGGUAAGCGGACAGACUCUCUUAGAAGUCAGUGGACACUUUAAAUAGCCACCUUAAUUUUUAAUGUUACUAUCUAGCAAAGACCGCAGCAAUAAAUGAGACACGAACAGUGAGAUGUUCAUUGACUGCAAGUUGUAAAGUACUUUCCCUUUUAAAUAUCAAGUGGUGAUUGGGUCAAUAAAUGCUCGGUUGCACGUAACAUAAAUGCAUUCAAUUAAUCUGAAAAUAAGAUUUUAUUGUAACUAUAGAAUCAAUUUUAACAUAUGAUUUAGAUAUUUAUCAAGCAACUGCCUUUAUUAAGUCUUUAUGAUCAAUAAUAAAAUAUUUGACAGAUAUAAUCAUAAUUGUAAAUAGAUGACGUGGUAGAAUAGUUUAGAUUAAAGUUACGUUAUUCUGCAAAUAAAAACGUCAUACAUUGGGUACAUUUUUAAGAAAGUAUAAAUAUCGCCAUUUAAUGACUUGCUGAUAACUCGUAGCAGCAUCAUAUUCUUUUGGUUUAUAAUGGUGAAGCUUAAUCAGUAAAAGAGGCUUGAUUUAAGACAAUAUUAGGAGGCUGUUAUGACUUCAAUUCCAUAUCUAUGAUAUAAAGAGUUUCUUUAUUAAUCGCAAUGCAUAUGGUUAAGGCAUGCUAAAAUCUCGCUUGAGUUUAAUUCAAUUUUUUCAUUUUAGUAGACCAUUAUGCAAAUAUUAGUGAAAAUUUAUAUCUAUACGAAAUGGUACAAACACAGCAUCUGGGCUGUUUCAUUAUUCUGCUCAUUUUUGGAUUGGAGCUACAAGAAGAGAUUCGUUUUAAGAAUGCUCGCACCAUUUAUUAGCUGCUGAUCACCGUUAUUCUUCACUAUGCUUGCUUCAUCUUCUUCAUAGAAAAUCCUGUCACAGAUGCAAGUAGCGCGACAAAGCUUGACACUAGGAAUAACUGUCGCUGUUAGUAGAGCCCCAAUUAGAUAGGAAAGGAAACAAUAUGACUUUCGACACUCGCUCCGUUGUAAUUAGCGAUUUAUUAAGUUUGGAAAAAUAAUUCGUCUAUUUUCUCAACAAGAACUAUGUUAAUUAAAAGCAGUUUGUCCAAAUGACCACUUUAACCAAGGGAAAUCUUGCACAAAAUAUUGCGAAAAACAAUAGCAGAAGUAGAAAUUGGCCAAUUUUCGGCAUCGGCAAGGAAGGCUCAACCCCCUGAGCCCCCUAGCACUACACCCCUGUUUAAAUGACAGGCUAUUUUUCCUAAUCCAAUCAGUAACGCAUUUUCUGAUGGAAUAAUUUUCAACAAUUUCUAAAUUUUAAGUCCAUGAUAGAAAACAGAUUAUUGUUUUACACUAAUGGUUGAAAGACGUGACAAUACGCAAGUAAAGAGAAAGUCUCUCACUGCAUCGAGCAAAUAUACCAGAUGAUAAACAUUUUUCUUCCAAGAAAGAUUUGAGAUUGCUUUAAUUUCAAGCUCAAAGUAUUCAGUUUAAUGCUAAGCAUUGAGAAAUUAUUGAUUAGAAUUAAAUAGAUUGUUUUUAGAUACAAUGUAAACGAAUUGGCAAUAGAGUAGUAUAGGGAAUAUAUCAUGAACUGUAAUUAAUAUUGAUUUAUAGUAAUGUAGACUGCAUGAGCAGAAAUAAAGACAAAUAAUUGCGAAAUAUCCUGUAAAUAAGAAAAAAAAUAAGGAAAUCUGGUGGAUUUGCAUUCUAUGUUUCCUUUCGUUUAUCUCUGUCUGUGUUUAUAAAAAUAUGCUUAGUUUGAAAUCGCUUCACUUUUGAAUACUGUAUUUCCUCUAAUGAACGCCGCCCUCUGAUAAACGCCACCCUCUAUAAUGCCACACCUUCAGCCACACCUUCAGCCACACCUUCAGCCACACCUUCAGCCAC